UGUGGUUAGGUCUCCGUAUGUUUAUCACAAAUACACUCACUUUCCUGCUUUUGGCACAUGUGUAUUCUGGCCGUCACGAUCUUUUUCAUCGUCUGACGCACGAGGGUAUUUAAUGCGAAUAUCACCGGACGCAUCGUUACAUUUCUUGGUGGAUUUCUGACCCAUAUUGAGCCGAGACUCUCUGGAUAUUUAGUUUGGAAAUACAGUGACUUUAUCUUUAGCUCCCGCUCUUCCAAUGUCAUCAUUUCGUUCUGGAAUCACUUUGUCAUCAACUCCGAGGUGUCGCCGGUGCCAGGGGAGACAGCGAUGCACGUGCCACGGAAAAGGCAGCAGCGUUCACUGUCCCCGAGUUCUUCCCGCCUGGAAACCCAUCUUGGGCAGCACUGACCGGCUAGUGGAUCACAAUGAGCAGGAGCGAAGGGUGAGGGGGAAGGAUCUCAGUAAAUCCCCUUCGCUGCAGAAGCCCGCAGUUCCCCCAAAGCCAGAAAUUCUGAAAUCAUCUCCGUCUCCUAAAAAACUCCAAACUCCCAUCAGCCGGACCUUUCCCAGGGGGCGGCCAAAGAUGGAGGACGUCACCGCCAACUCAGGGGAAAAGACUACGAAGAUUUCCGAUCUCAUUAGUCGAUUUGAAGGUGGCAGCCCUGGAGAGAUCCGGAAAGCCUCUUCCAGCGACUUUAGCAAUGGUCACAACCACAAACCGAGGACUAAAGUGAUUCUGCAGCCGUUUACCGAGCACCCGCUCCUGCACAAGCAAGGCAUGAGCCAGGACAUCAUCCAGGAGCCACCCAAAAUCACAGCCAAUGGGAUCCCAACCGAAUCUGGGAGGAAAAACACACUACCGUCUCCUGCCGUACAAACGCCUCCUCCUCCUCCCUAUGGCAAACCAAGUCCUCCAUUGGGGACACCAAAGGUUUUACCUGUGCCAAAAACUGCACCCCUUUUACCACCUCCCUUGCCCCCUAACAAGGCCACUGUAGAGAGGUUGGUGAAUGGAGAAGGGUCUCAAGUGAUCAAGGAUGUGUCCCAAAAUCCCAGCGUUAGAGGCCAAACCAACUACUACGAGGAGACAGAACCUCCUACAACAUUGAGCCCAACUGAAGAAGCACUGGAAGAUAUAAGCAGCAUUAACAUCACACUUGCUGAGCCCAGUGAUGCUAAGGAGACAAACGAACAGAAACUUCACAACAUCGCCAACGAGCUCCUAGAGACGGAGAGAGCCUAUGUCAGCCGCCUGGCACUUCUGCAGACAUUCCACGAUGCCCUAAUGAAGGAAGCCAAACAAGGAUCUUUCCCAGUGGAGGUUUUAAAUAAAAUAUUUUCCAACAUUUCAUCGAUCCAAAGCUUCCACGGGCAGUUCCUGCUGCCGGAAUUGGAGACUCGGAUGAAGGAAUGGUCCGUCACCCCAAAGAUUGGCGACAUCCUGCAAAAGCUGGCGCCAUUCCUAAAAAUGUAUGCGGAGUAUGUAAAAAACUUCGACAACGCCAUGGAAACCCUCAGAGGGUGGAUGGAGAAGAGCGUGCAGUUCAAAAAUGUCUUGGAAGAAAUCCAGAGAGAAGGAAAAUGCGACAAUUUAACCCUGCAGCACCACAUGCUGGGGCCGGUCCAGCGGAUUCCUCGCUACGAGAUGCUGCUGAAGGACUAUCUCCGCAAACUGCCCGCGGACUCGCUGGACCGCAAAGACGCCGAAAAGUCCCUGGAGCUCAUUUCGUUUGCAGCCACUCACUCAAACACAGCCAUCCGGAAUAUGGAAAAUCUGAAGAAGCUGCUGUCGAUCUAUGAAAUGUUGGGGGAAGAGGAAGACAUUGUCCACCCGUCCAAUGAGUUAAUCAAGGAAGGGCAAAUCCUAAAGCUCGCUGCCCGCAACACCUCGGCCCAAGAGCGGUACCUCUUCUUGCUGAACAACAUGUUGCUUUACUGCGUGCCGAAAUUCAGCUUGGUGGGCACAAAGUACACCCUCCGCAUAAGGAUCGGGCUGGAAGGGAUGAAGGUCGUGGAGACUCAGAACGAGGAUUAUCCGCACACGUUCCAGAUAUCCGGAAAGGAGCGGACGCUGGAGCUGCAGGCCAGCUCCGAACAGAACAAAGAAGAAUGGAUUAAAGCCCUGCGAGACACCAUUGCGGAAGUGCAGCACAAGAACGAAACCUUUAAAAUUGCAAUUGCAAAAGAACUGGAGGAAUCACCCGCAGAAGUGUCUAGAGCUGAGCUUGGGCUGAGGGCCCCGCGCUGGAUUCGGGAUAAUGAAGUGACGAUGUGUAUGAAGUGUAAGGAGCAGUUCAAUGCUCUGACUCGGCGAAGACAUCACUGCCGGGCUUGUGGCUAUGUGGUUUGCUGGAAAUGUUCUGAUUACAAAGCCCUCCUUGAAUAUGACGGAAAUAAGAUGAACAAAGUGUGUAAAGACUGCUACAAGAUCCUGCGGGGGAGCAUUGACAGCGAGGAGAAGGAGAAGAAGAGGGGCAUCCUGGAGAUUGAAUCGGCUGAAGUCUCAGGGAACAGCCUCAUCUGCAGUUUUCUCCAGUAUAACGAGAAGUCCAAACCCUGCCAGAAGGUCUGGUGUGUGAUCCCCAAGAAUGAGGCGCUGGUGCUCUAUAUGUACGGCGCUGCUCAGGACGUGAAGGCCCAGGCCACCAUCCCACUGUUGGGUUACAUGGUUGAUGAUGCUCCCCGCCACGUGGACUUGCCCCACAGCUUCAGGCUGACCCAGUCCAAGUCGGUGCACACGUUUUCCGCAGACACGGAGGAGCUCAAACAGAAGUGGCUGAAGAUGAUAAAGCUGGCGGUCAUAGGGGAGACACCCGAGGAACUGGAGGAGACUCCCCCAGCGUCAGAUGGACAGUCGUAACCUUCUCAUUAGUUGGACCAGAGUCUGAUUUAAUCAGGAUCACAACAGCGGAAAUCUUAUUUCUAAUGAAGAAAGCUGAGAUCUCCCCUUGCUUUGGUGGGAAGGGACAGCAGCAUUCAGUUCCAUUCAAGUGAACUCUCCUUCUCUCUGUGAUAGGACUGCAGUGCCAGGUCCACCUGAUUUUAUAUUUUGUUGUUUAAGGCCCAGUUUGUUCCGGGUCAGACCCAACCCAGAAAAUGGGAGAGUCCAAUCAUGUUCUCAGGCGGCCCUGAGCCAUCCACUGAAUUCCUUUGGCUUAUAAGCCAUUCACAUUGAUAUCCUUGGACUGAACUAUUCAGUUUGAUCCCACCAGUGGAUCCAGAACCGGAGCUGUCUGUAGUUGGGGGUACGUAAGAUGUGACUGGUCUGGACUCUGCAGGGCUACAGGUAUAGGUUAUUGCAGCUAAAGGUUAGAAGACUGUAGGAACAAUAACAUUUACCACCAGACUGUGUGAGAAGAAUAGAAGAACCUGUAUUAGCAGGGGUUGUAACAACCCCUGGGAUUGCACUGUAGCUUCAAGAUUAGUAGGGCAAGAGGGAGAUGGUCAGACAAGAGGGAGACGGUAGGGCAAGAGGGAGACGGAAGGGCAAGAAGGAGACAGUAGAAGAUGAUGGAAAUAGUUAGAGAUGGCAGGGCAAGAGGAAGAUGGUAGGGCAAGAAGGAGACACUAGGAGAUGAUGGAAACAGUUGGAGAUGGUAGGGGAAGAGGGAUACUGUAGGGCAGCGAUCCCCAACCAGUAGCUCGUGAGCAACAUGUUGCUCUCCAACCCCUUGGAUGUUGCUCCCAGUGGCCUCACACCAAGUGCUUAUUUUUGAAUUACUGAUUUGGAGGCAAGUUUUUGUUGCAUAAAAACCACAUGUACUGCCAAACAGAGCAUUAUGUUGGUUGCCAAAUGGCCAAUCACAGCCCUUAUUUUGCACCCAAAGAACAUAUUUGAUGCUAGUGUUGCUCCCCAACUCCUUUUACAUCUGAAUGUUGCUCACAGGUUCAAAAGGUUGGGGAUCCCUGCUGUAGGGCAAGAGGGAGACAGUAGGAGAUGAUGGAAACAGUUGGAGAUGGUAGGGGAAGAGGGAGACUGUAGGGCAAGAGGGAGACAGUAGGAGAUGAUGGAACCAGUUGGAGUCAGUAGGGAAAGAGGGAGACUGUAGGACAUUGCAUGCACACUGAAGCCAAAUGAGACCUCAGAAGCCCCACCACCACUGAGGACAGCUCUGUGUAUAACCUCAUAGAAGAGGAAGAAGCGCUGGUGACUGAUCAUUCUUUUAGACCACAAAACGUGAAGAAAUUGAAGUUGCACUACACUGAGAUCCCCCCCCCCAUCCCCUUAAAGUCUUAAUCGGAAUCUCUACGACUUGGCAAAGCACACAGAUGCAUUUAUGUUGUCGAGUUAAAUGGGAAAGUCAGUUCAUGGGCAGGGGAAUAAAUGGAUAAUAAUAUUGACAUUAAUAUAUAUAAAACAAAGAAUUGGGCUAGAAAUGCUGCACCUUGUGAAUUGGGUUUCUGUACAGCCCAAGACCCCGAGAGCCCAUCAGCAGGUGGCCCCUAAAGAUGUCCCCAGUAACUCCCCAUCAUCUUCUGCUGAUACCCAGCACAUGCUCUGAGCUGUCACUUACCUGAACUUAGGGACCCACUCACAAUGUACAGUGUAUUUAUAAACUUCUUGAUGAUUUUCUCCGCCCCCUAAGUUUAGCUUCUCAGCAGCAGCUCAGAACCCACUGAGCAUGUGCAGUGCCGCUGACUCACAAAAGAUGCCUAACAAGAUCCAAGAUGGGGAGCUACUGUGGGGCAAUUGGAUCAUUACUUUUCUAGGGCUGCUGCACCUCUGGCUCUGGUACAGUAAGUACAGUAUAAAAAAUACUUGCCAGAUUCAUUUUUAGUCUUUAGUUCCCCUUUAAGUUUUGUUUUGUAAAGAUGAUGAGGCACAAAGAUUUUGGUAAUAAAGCACAGUAUUUAUUAGUCGGUGUCUCUGGGAUAAGUAUGUAGGUUGCCACAUUCUGUAAUAUAUAAAUAUAUUUAUUUAUACACCAAAGGUCUCUAAGGCCCUGUUUCUGCACCCCCGGUCACCAGAUGUGGUCAAACUACAACUCCCAGCAUGCUCUCCUAGCUAAUCACAUGUGGAUGAAUUGUAAGGGGCUGUAGUUCAGCAACAUCAGCGUGACCCAGGGUUACUAAGCCCCAUGUUUGAGGCUUUGGAAGGAAUUAAGCUCGGAGUGAAAUGGAUUGGCUAUUCCCUACAUUCUACAUUUAAAAAUAAUGAAGGAUGAAGAGGAGGAUGAGUUGUUUGGAUGUUGUUUCUUACUGUAUCAUAUGUGUAUAAUGGGAGUAGAUGUUUGUGUAUAUAUAAGGUUUUAUGUUUUGGAAGUGAUAAAAAUAAUUAUUAUGCCUUA